CUCACUUCACAGAUGCUAAAUAAAGAAAGUGCAGGGAAAAACAUUCAGAGAGCUACAAAGUAAAGAAGAACAAGAAUUCUAUUUGGGAACUUGCUUCAAAAUACUCCCAGCUGUUCUGUUUUGGAAAACGUAAUAGAAAAAGCUUAUUAUCUAAUUUGGUUUGUGUGCUACAGUGAAGCUAAACAAUAAAGAACAUGGAAGAAAUGGCAAAUACUGAAGACAAUAUUAAUCGUAUCACCACAGUUGAAAAUUAUUUUGGAGGGUCUGGGAAAACACUGGCUAAAGAUGGGCGUAUACUUGUGGGAGAAGGAAUACUAAAGAAGGAAUGCAGAAAAGAAGCAAAACUCAGAGUAUUUUUCCUAUUUAAUGAUGUUUUGGUGUAUGGAAGCAUUUUGAUUAUGAAGAAAAAGUACAUUAAUCAGCAUAUCAUUCCUCUAAUAGGCCUCACUAUGGAGUCUCUGCCAGACCUGGAAAAAACCCAAAACCGGUGGCUUAUCAAGUCUCAAAUGAAAUCUUUUGUAGUUUCAGCUUCAUCUCUCACAGAAAAGGAGAAGUGGAUGAGUCAUAUUGAACAUUGUGCAAAACUAGUAGAAUUAAAGUCUGGUAGAUUGUCAGCUGUGGAACAUGCUGCUGCUUGGAUACCUGACAAAGUUACAGAUAUCUGCAUGCGAUGUACAAAAACUAAAUUCAGUUUUACACAGAGGCGACAUCACUGCAGAAAAUGUGGUUUUGUGGUAUGUGGGAAAUGCUGCAACCAAAAAUUCUUAAUCCCCACGAUAGCGGAUGAACCCCAGAAAGUGUGCCUAUUAUGCUACAAGCUGCUGCUUUCUAAGGAAAGGAAAAAACUGGAAGAACAAAGGAAAUCAGUUGAGCGUCCAUUUUCCUUUGUCUCAGAUUUGGAAUCAUCCAGUAGUGAUGAUGACCAUGUUGUCUCUAAUGAUGAUACAUAUGACUGGCUACAAACAUCAUUUUGGUUAUCCUUUCACAAUUAAUUAUCAUCACAAUGUAGUGAACUUUUAUCAUUAAUGAGAUGAACAUUAUUAAAUAUUUUAUUUACAACUACAUAACUGACAGAUGAAUGAAAAAUUUAUUUGAACAUAAGAGAGACAGACUGUGUGCAUGUUUUGAAGUUCGUACACACUACACAUGGCAUAAACGGUAUUCAGCUGUUAGAAAUACUGACUGAAUAUUUAUUCACAAAAUAUUUAAUAUCUGACAUGCAGGUGAAUUUAUGAUAUUCAUCUACUUAAAUACUUUAGUUCCCAUGUAUCUUUACUGGAGCAGUAUGGCACAAUGCAGGAGAUAUAACAAAUUCCUAAUUAGUUGUUUCAGCAGGCUAGCAAUGCUUUGAAAUUGGAAAUCUUUCAUAGCAUUGUUUGUUUUAAUAUAGUCUGAGUUACUCAUUUGGUCAUUCACUAAACCUCACAUUUUUAAUGCAUUUGUAUUGCACAAUUUUCACAAUGUGAAUUUAUAUGUUUUAAUAAU